GUAAAUAGUAGGUUCCUUCUACUCCUAUUCUAAUUUGAAAUUUCUAACCUAAGAAAUCUUCAAUCUUACAAUCAUUGAUAUUUUGUUAUAAAAAAGAGGCUUGUAUUAAUAUUAUUAUAAAUUUUUAGACAUAUAAUUCAUAGAAUAUUAUGUCUUAAAUUAUUAGUCAAAGCAAAGGAUGGCUGCGAACCUAUUUAAAAACAUUCUUAAUGUGAGAUCUUCGAACUUACUUUUUAAAAAAUGGAAAGGUACAGACAAAAGUGUUAUAAUUCGUGACCCCUUUGGAAAUAGACCUCAAAAGACAAAAGACUCAUAUCUGCAGGUAAUCAAAAUGUUUGAAGAUGGAGAUCCGAGACGACGAGGUCAUGUCGAAUUUAUUUAUGCUGCUCUUAGUCGUAUGAAAGAGUUUGGUGUUCAGAAAGACUUGGAAGUCUAUAAAGCUUUAAUUGAUGUGUUACCAAAGGGAAAGUUCAUACCUACUAAUAUAUUUCAAGCAGAGUUUUUGCAUUAUCCAAAACAACAGCAGUGUGCUGUUGAUCUUUUGGAACAAAUGGAAGACAAUGCUGUAAUGCCUGAUAUUGAAAUGGAACAAAUGCUUCUUAAUACUUUUGGUCGACGUUGUAUACCACUGCGAAAAUAUUGGAGAAUGAUGUACUGGAUGCCUAAAUUUAAAAAUCUUAGUCCAUGGUACUUACCUGAUGAACUCCCAAGAGAUGUCUUAGAACUGUCUAAGCUGGCCAUUGCAAGAAUAACAUCUGUUGACCCAGAUACUAAAAUAAAUGUGUGGCAGACAGAAGAGAUACAAGCUGCCAUAGAUAAAACUUGGAUUAUCAGUGCACAAAGCCGAACACAGCAAGUUUUAUUAGCAGAGCAACCUCUCAGUGAACCCCUAAUAAUAAAGGGCCCAUAUAAUGUCUAUUUACGAGAUCAGGUUGUUACAUAUUUUACUCUCUUAGGAAAACUCAGGCAAGAGCCUAAAGAUGAUAUAAAUUUGGAUGAUGUGUCAAAAAUUAAUAAACCCAAAGGAAUACCAGGGUAUAUUGGAAGAGUAACUUUACCAUCAGUUAAGUGUACUGUUCAUGAACAAGAUGAUGGAACUGUGCUGGCUGUUUGUGCAACGGGAACUUCCUCCAGAGAUUCUUUGCUGUCAUGGAUAAGGCUAUUAGAGAAGAAUGAUAAUCCAUUAUUAGCUAAUGUACCAGUAAUAUUUACACUCCUUGCCCCAUCUUCUGAUGUCUCCUUACAUGAGAGCCCAGAUGCCAUACCCGAUGACAAUACACAAAUAGCAGAAUAACAUUAAACUUGUAAAGUAACACAAGGCAAUUAAAACAAACUAGAUUAAAUGUGAAAUAUUUAUAUAUUGAA